CAAAGACGGUAAAAUAGUUUCAUUCAGACGUACAGAAUGAAUGCAUGAGGACUUCAACUUUAACUUUAAAACCCUGCCUACCUUUCUACGUACUGGGUCUGCCUUUAAAAAGCACCGCACCGCAAGAGAUACAUUUAACACGCUAACGCCACGCGACACUCUGCAAGCGAGACACCACGCAAUGCGUCAGCUGACUACCGAGGAUCUGAAGACCCUGGAAGUAGAUCUUAAAAACUACUUUCCACAGUCGCUGCAGGUAUAUGGAUGUAUCUUCCAGCUCAACAGGACUGGACAGAGAGCUGACCCUGUUAGUGUGCUUGUUGACCAGUGGCCAGAGUUCAGAGUUUUACUUAUUAAACCAGAAUACCGUGAGAAGGGAGACCUUUUCAAAGACUUGACUGUGUUUUCAAAAAGCGAUGACUGCCUCAGAGAGCUGCUGGCACAUUCAGAUGUCAUUGAUUGGAAGAUGUUUAUUUGCUUGGCCGCUGAGCUUCAUCAUGUGAAGAUGAUGGAAGUCAUGGCAAUAAACAGAGGUGUACCUAUGAAGAAAGAAGCUGUGUGCUACAUGUUGGUUCUUCGAGAUCCAUCAAAUCUCUUACACGCUGAUAGUUCAUCACUGAAGCUGUCUUCUCUGAAUGAGUCUCAUCUUGAGCUAGUCAACCGUAGCUGGAAGUUUGGCUGUGAAGACAGCAAACUAAUGAUUAAGAAUAUGAUUUUAAACUUCCCCUCUUGUUGUGUCCUGGACUCAGAUAAUCAACCGGUAGCAUGGAUUUUAACUUAUGCUUCCUGUGCAAUGGGAAUGCUCUACACACUUCCAGAACACAGAGGAAAAGGCUAUGCAAAAGCACUAGUCACCAUUAUGUCAAAGAGACUGCACUCUCAAGGUUAUCCAGUGUACUGUUUUAUAGAGGAAGAGAACCAUUUAUCCUACAGCCUCUUCACAAGCCUGGGUUUCAUGAAAGACCCAGAUUACCGGGCAGCCUGGUUUGUCUUUAAUGGUUUUUAAUUGGGUCCCAUCAGAGCAGCCAAUCACAGUUGUUUAGCUUCUGCCUGAGAUGCCAUAUAAAGUUAUGUACAAUCUUUUUUUUUUUUCACUUAUCAAAUAUAAAACAUUUACAGUCGAGCUAAACAUUGUGUAGCCUCAUGCUAGAUUUGUUAUAAUAGUCAAAGGAGUCUUAUUUUUCUACAUAUUCUUCUAGUCGAAGCAGCCAUUUCUCCCAGAAAGGCAUAAUGUGCUCUGAGUUCAGGAAGUGAGUAUGUGCGGGAGAUCCAUCUUUGUAGGCCACAACAAUUAAGCCAUUUUCUACCUGUACAUAAAUGACAUGAGAUGGAAGACUUCAAUGAAGAAUACAUGUAUGCAUUUAACAGUUGUUUUUAUCCAAAGCAACAUACAAAAGAGGAACAAAAGCAAUUUGUCAAGCAGCCAAUAAUAAUCAUAAUAUAGAAUGACUGGUUUAAUUGGCAGGUAGAGAAGAAAAGAAAACUUCAACAAUUCAUUUGUAAUGCCUAGUAUUAUAAUCCAUCACAGAAGAUUCAUACACAAAUGGUCAGACAAAAAUGUAUCAACCAGAUAUUAACACGUGACCGCUUAUGAAUGGCCCAGCCAUAUCAUGGCUAUACACAUAACCAUCAAAAAAAUUUAGGUCGGUAAGAUUUAAAAAUACAGUAAAGGUAUCAUAAAGUCUUACAAUUUCAAAAAACAAUAUUGUAAUAUAUUUUUGAAAUGUAUUUUGAUCAAUUUAAUGCAUAGUUUCUGAAUAAAAGUAUUAAUUUCUCUUACUGACUCUAAA